UGCUUUUCUUGGUUGGCAAAGGUGUUAUUGUGGUCGAGGAGUAAACAUAUUAAGCUGACACUCAUGUGCCUUUGGUGUCAAAAUUUUCAGCCGGCAUUAGAAAUGGGAGGAUUAAUCUGGUGUUGUUAACAAUUAGGUUGCAUUUUUGUUCCCGUAACUGCAAACUUUUAGGACACUAACUGAUAGGACUCUUGAAUUUGGUUCGAAUGGACAAUAAUGGUUGAUCAGCAUCUGAAGAACAUAGAUGGCACCUUCUUCUACUUUACUAGUACAUGGAACAUGUGAUGCCGUAUUGACAGGAACAUAGAUAUCAAAAUUCCUGUAUAUUUUGGCCUUUUAUAAUUUUUACCCAUGUCUUUCUUAAUCCAAUCCAAUGCGCGAGACAGAGGGAACAGAACAUGAACCAUCUUAUAAACAGUGUGGUGUGAAGCCAUGCCUCAAUAUUUUAUUGUCUUCUAAAUGAUCUCGCCCUUUUCUGAUUGUGCUCCAUUUUAACUUUUUUAAUAACCUUGACAAAGAGCUGUACUUUAUGACGCUUCCAGAACUUCUGACUCCCUUCACUGAAGUAAAACAUUUUUUCUAUUUUUUUGUUUGAAUUUAUGUUGAUGAGACCACUUUUCCUUUCAGGUUCUUGCAAGAUUUCAACUUCAUCCGAAACAGUAAAUAAAGCUUACAUAUUUUCCAGAAAUUAUCUUUCAAGGCCCGCUCUACAGCUCCCAGGUGCCAGUAAACCAGUCGUAGCGGUUCGUUUCUGUCCAGUAGUUUUUAGCCUUCGGGGGUCAACUCCAGCUGCGCUCUUUAAGCUCCCAUAUCGCCUCAUUUUUGCGGUGGCCACUUUGAAUUCUUUAUACUUAUAUGAUACAGAGAGCAUUCCUCCCAUAGCAAUCUUGGCUGGUCUUCACUAUGCAGCCAUAACAGACAUUACAUGGUCACCUGAUGGCCGGUACUUGGCAUUAUCCUCCCAAGACGGUUACUGUACUAUACUAGAAUUUGAACAUGAUGAAAGGGGAUCUCCCAUCUCUUUAUCAGAAGGAAAGAAAGUCAUGGUUGAUGAGAACCAGGGGCCUGUUCAGAAGCCAGAGGAUAUGGUAAUUGAUGCAACUAGGAAAGAUUUUAUCAUUGCAGCAGAUAGCACGAAAUCAGAAGCAGGAGAGAAUGAAAGGAAGCUCGCAUCACCAAGCUCAAAAACUACUCCUAUCUCAAAUAAACAAGCUAAGAGGCGCAUUACUCCCUUGGCAAUUGAUCCUUGAUACCAAUGCAGGGUCUACAUGAUAUAUGGAACAAUAAUCUUGUUUAUAAAUGUCUAAAAAAGACCCCUUCCCUUUCCAUUUUA